AUGCAUGGUGCACCUGGAGCUGGUAAAACAUGUUCACAACACCUCCUACUUAAUGAGCCACCACCUGCACAGGCUACACCUUCCAACUGGACAUGGGGCCAAGGACUUUGGAAAUGGGAGAGGGUUGAUGAAAGAGAAUUACUUAAUCAGCUGGCAUCUGCACAAGUGGAUCAACCAACGUCUGAAAAAUUGCCUGAAUCACUGAAGAAAUCACCCACUAAGAAUGGAUCAGCCAAGAAUGGACCAGCCGAGAAUAGAUCAGCUGAGAAUGGAUCAGCCGAGAAUGGAUCAGCCGAGAAUGGAUCAGCCGAAAAUGGACCAGCCAAGAAUGAAUCAGCUGAAAAUGGACCAGCCGAGAAUGAAUCAGCUGAAAAUGGAUCAGCCAAGAAUGGAUCAGCCAAAAAUGGAUCAGCCGAAAAUGGAUCAGCCGAAAAUGGAUCAGCCGAAAAUGGAUCAGCCGAAAAUGGAUCAGCCGAGAAUGGAUCAGCCGAGAAUGGAUCAGCCGAAAAUGGAUCAGCCGAGAAUGGAUCAGCAGAGAAUGGAUCAGCAGAAAAUGGAUCAGUUGAGAAUAAAUCAGCCGAGAAUAGAUCAGCCAGGAAUGAAUCAGCCAAAAAUGGAUUAGCCGAAAAUGGACCAGCUGAGAAUGGAUCAGCCAAGAGUGAAUCAGCUGAGAGUGAACCAGCCAAGAAUGGAUCAGCUGAGACAAAUUACAAGGAAGUUUUUGAAAAAAUAUUACUUGCUGUCAAGAAAUCUAAAAAAUUAUGCAAAAAUUGGGUUUAUUUUAUUGAUUCUGGUGGUCAACCAGCAUAUCGAGAGUUGCUACCUCUUUUUACAAGAGCAGCUGCACUGAAUAUCAUCACCAUUGAUCUUACCAAAGGUCUUGAUGAGAAGAAGUGUGAGUUUCACUAUCGUAUUAGUCAAAAUACGUUCCCUAUUAAGACAAAGCUGCAGUAUUCUAAUCUCGAUAUAAUUCGCUCGACAAUUAGCUCCGAAGCUAUGUUGAAGCCAGCUAAAAUUCCUUAUGUCUCUUACAUGCCCCCCCACCCUCAUUACCUCAUACUUGGUACACGUAAAGAGUUGGUAACAAAGAAAAAGCAAAAAGAAAUGAAUGAAAGUCUCAAAGAGUAUAUCGCUGACAAAAAAGUCAUUUCACAUGACAAGGAUAAUAGCUCAAUUAUAUUUCCAGUUAAUACGUUGCUCCCUGCUGGGUCUAAGGAAAGAGAAGAAGCUAGUUUAGAGCUUUGUACUGCAAUUUCAAAUUUUAGAGUUGCUAUGACACUUAAUGUACCAAUUCGAUUGUUUAUUUUUGAGAUUGCACUACAGACAGAAGCUAAAAAAAAGGAACGGAGUUUUCUUACAGAAAAAGAAGUAACUGGAAUUGGUAAGCAUCUCUGGCCUAAUAAUAAAUCAGAUAUCGACAAAGCUCUGCAAUAUUUACACAAUGUCACUAUCAUUCUUUAUUUUCAUGAAGUCCUUCCGAAUAUAAUAUUUGUUGAUCCUAAACCAAUUCUUGAUGUUCUUUCACGUCUGAUAGCUAUCACAUAUAUCAACCAAUCUAAUCUACAUUUGAUUACAGAUCAACCUCCUUCAGCAGAUGAAAGAGAUAAUCUCAUUGAUUUUGGCCUCUUUAAUGAAAGUCUUUUAAAAGUUAUUGGUAAACAAAUUUUUGAUGUUGAUUUUAAAUCGUCUCACAUGAUCAAGCUUCUAAAGCACCUCCACAUCAUUGUUGAAGUUAGAAACAGAAAAGAAGGAGACUAUUUUUUUCCGUGUGCAUUACCAUCUUAUAAAAAGCUCAAUGACCCACCAACAGAAAUACAACCACUUUUCAUAGGAUGGGAGAUUAACAAUAGGGGAACAACAACUCUAGCCAUCCCUCAAGGAUUAUUUCCUUUAACCAUUGUACACCUUUUAAAAAAAAGAACAGAUGAAGUAGACUUUAGGAGUUUAUUUUAG